GAUUUCUGGGCCUCCGGAGGACUCUGCAGAACAGAAAGGUGGACGAUGGAAAAAUCUGUUCUCGACUCCAUUAUCAACCGGCUACUCGAGGUCAGGAGUUCUCCCGGAAAACAGGUUCAGCUUCCGGAGGAACAGAUCCGACAGCUCUGUGUCGUGUCUCGGGACAUCUUCCUCAGACAGCCCAAUCUCUUGGAGCUCGAAGCCCCUGUCAAGAUCUGCGGAGAUAUUCACGGGCAAUACUGUGACCUGCUAAGGCUCUUCGAAUAUGGCGGGUUCCCGCCUCGCUCCAACUACCUAUUCCUUGGAGACUAUGUAGACCGAGGAAAGCAAAGCCUUGAGACGAUAUGCCUCCUACUUGCAUACAAAAUCAAGUAUCCCGGGAACUUCUUCCUUCUUCGGGGCAACCACGAGUGUGCCUCCGUGAACCGAAUCUACGGGUUCUAUGAUGACUGCAAGCGGAGAUACAGUGUCCGCCUGUGGAAGAUAUUCACCGACUGCUUCAACUGCCUCCCCGUGGCCGCACUCAUCGAUGAUAAGAUCCUCUGCAUGCACGGUGGGCUCUCGCCUGAGCUCCGAAGCUUGAACCAGAUAAGGAACUUGAGACGCCCUACUGAUGUUCCGGAGAGCGGGUUGCUCUGCGACCUCUUGUGGUCAGAUCCUAGUAAUGAUAUCGAGGGGUGGGGUCCGAAUGAGAGAGGAGUUUCCUGUACAUUCGGGCCCGACCGUGUCAGAGCAUUUCUCAGAGAGUUUGAUCUCGAUCUAAUCUGUCGAGCCCAUCAGGUCGUGGAGGAUGGAUAUGAGUUCUUUGCCAACAGGAAACUCGUAACCGUAUUUUCUGCACCGAAUUACUGCGGCGAGUUCGAUAAUGCUGGUGCUAUGAUGAGCAUUGGCGAGAAUCUCGUGUGCUCUUUCCAAAUACUGAAGCCUGCAGAAAAGAAGUCCAAGUUCAGCUUUGUCGGCUCAGCAACUGCUAAGAUCAUUGCGCCACCAAAUAAAGUCAAGACGGGAACGGCGGACACCGGAUCCCAGACAAUCCAUUCCUCAGAUUAAGACCGCAUGUGCUUCUGAUGCCAUAACUCAGCUUAUCCAGUGUUCUGUCGUUUUUCGACGGAAUGUACAAGAAAUCUGAUCCAGUGAGAUCAGCAUGAAGUGAAGAUAUUCAGUUUCAGAUUCUCAGUUUCUCCGGAAAACGUUGAGCCACUGCUUAAUAAAUCUGAUUGUUUAGCCUUUUGCAUCUGUAAUUUCAGUAUUGAGUAUAAUGUUGUGGAGAUUAAAUAAUCUUACUGUACUGUUGUACUCCUCAUCAAAAUAAUUGCAAAUACAAAAACAGAAAAGGGUCUUGCCUUGCU